UAUUGUACAAUAAUAUAGUAUUUAGUUUAAUAAGUUUUUAACUUUUUUCAGAUAUAUUUGUACUUAUAUUUUUUAUAAACAAUUACAGGUACUUAAAUAUAUCUAGAAAUUGUGGAAAAGCUUCAGUUUUCGAUACUUGUGGCUGUGAUUAUGUUUGGAUAUAUGAACCUCCCAUCGAUGAUGCUUCUGGAGAACAAUUUUGCGGGAGGUUUAUUAAAAGUAAUACAUCGAAUUUGACUUACAUUAGUAAAACAAAGACAGUAGCUUUUACUUUUGUAUAUAAUCAUGAAUAUGGACAUGCCUUUACACUGGACUAUUUUACAAAAAGAAACCGAUUUGUCUUGCAAGGUUAUCCCACAGCGAGUAAUAUGAACAAUGCAAGCCAAUUCAUAUCGUCGCCUUUUUUUCCACAUUUAUACCCCAUGGAUUUAAGCGUUGAAUACGUUAUAAAUUGCGAAACGAUAGAAUCAUGUCGAAUUAGCUUAUUAUUCACCGAUUUUCUCGUGGACCCAUCGUCGAUUAUAGAGUUUUUUGAUUGGACUGGCCAAAGGAUUCAUGUGAUUUCUGGGAAUGUAUUCAGACCGCCUGUCAUCAUAAGCAACGGUCCUUCUUUGGUGGUAAGAUUUUAUGCAAAUGGGGCUUCACACCUUGGAUUUAAAGCUUCCUAUUCAUUCAUUUUGGGAAAUAUAGAGGAUUCUGCAUUUAAACCGCAUAUAGGUUGUGGGGGCAAUGUUAACAAUUUGGGAGGCGGCAUUACAAUGAUGAAUAUGGUUACUGAAGGUACCACGUUGUUUGAUUGUGUAUGGAUCGUUAAACCUCCAGAAAGUCUAAGACAUAGGAAGACUCAUCUAUACGUUAAAGUAGCUACUUUUUUAGAUUUCGCUGGCACUACCGAAUUAACGAUAAAGCAAGGUAUAACCUCAAACCAGCCAUCAGUGGAAGUACUACGUAAUCCUAUGGCACACUAUGGUACUUCAAAACAAGUGGAACAUGUUGUUCCGAUUAACCAAGGUUUCUAUAUCAGAUUACGAGGAAUGUUUACAUCGAAAUCAAACCUGGCCAUAAUUUAUGCAGCUUUUAAUUACAAAGAUUGCUUUGGCGGAUCGGAAUUCUUAUGCCACAAUCUGAGAUGUAUAUCGAUUUUAUUAAACUGUGAUGGUUUCGAUCAUUGUGGGGAUGAAAGUGAUGAAUCCAACUGUUUUCAGGAUCCAAAAGACCACAGAGAGUUUUCCAAAAUACCAAACUUCUUAUUUCCUAAAAUGGAACCAUACUCUGACAUAACAACUGCAACUUUUGUAUUUCUGACCUGCAGUUUCGGUUUAAUUGGCAUUAUUUUAGCGAUGGCACUACUGCUCUACAGAGUAAAUAUGCGAGCACAACAUCAAAGGCAGAUACAAGAUCACAUAGAGACCAUACACGCAAUUUUAGAGGAAGGUGUAGGAGAAGUAGAAGAGGAGAUAAUCGUCCCAGAUGAACCUCCUGACUAUGAACCUCCACCGGAAUACAACGAGUUACUUAAAAUGAAAUUUUUUAAGAACUUUGGAGAAAUUAAAAUGCAUCAAAAACGUUGUCCAAGUUGUAACCUUUGUAACAAAUCAGGUAGAGAUACUAGAUCAGUAAAUGAUAUUAAUAAUUUAGUACCUGGAGAAAGUCUUCAAUCUCACGCCAGCACCAGUACAACCCAGACCUGUUGUAUUUCGCCAUCGGUUCCUAUUCCUGAUUCUCCACCACCUGCUUACGACAAUCUCCCUACGUUUAACAUGGAGAAUGAAGUAGUAAAUGUUAUUAUUGAAGACGUGCUUGACGAUGAUAUAUCUCAAGCGGGACAAUCUGUUAUUUCGACUGAAACCAAUACAAACCAACCAGAAGAAAAUUUCCCAUCUGCAUCUGGAGACAACGCGACAGCAAAAUAUUUUGAAAAUCUCCCGAAACUCUCGACUCAGUUUCUUAACGAGAUUAAAAAGGGUUUCCGUCAUUGCAAAAAGGUCAAUUUUUUAAGAAACGCUAGGAAGGUAGUUAGUUGUUCGGAAGAAAAUUUGGUGAGAUACUGCUCAGAUUCGGAAUUGAUUUUUAGCUCUAGAGGAAAUAUCAAUUACUGGACUAGAGUGGAUGGAUUUAGAUUUAGAAAAAGUUACUCAAGUAGUGCUCUAUCUACGGUAUAAAUUUUUAUGCAUGUUAGAUUUCUACAAUAUUCAUCAAUAAUAUCAUGAAGUGCUGUGUUAAAAUAUAUGUAUUAAUAAUGUGUUUCAAAUAAAGAUAUUAGUAG